GAUCUGGAGCACUCUACGUUUCUGGUAAAUUCAUGGCACAAUUUUUUCCUGGUAACACAUGUAUUUAUUUGCCUCAGCCCACAUGGGCGAAUCAUGAAGCAAUUUUCAAAUUUGUGGGCUUGGAAGUAGCUUGGUACCGAUAUUGUGAUCCAAAGGUCUCGAAACUAGAUUUUGAAGGGCUGAUGGACGAUAUUAACAAGAUUCCGGAAAAAUCUAUUGCAUUUUUCCAAGGUUGUGCUCACAAUCCUACUGGUGUAGACCCCAGUCAGGAACAAUGGUGUGAAAUCUCACAGUUAGUCAAGAAGAGACAAUUAUUUCCAGUAUUCGAUGUUGCCUACCAAGGAUUUGCAUCCGGUGAUUUUUAUAAUGACGCAUUUUCGUUUAGAACAUUUCUUCAAGAUGGUCAUAAAGUAGCUAUAUUGCAGAGUUAUUCGAAAAGCAUGGGUUUAUAUGGUGAACGAACAGGGUCGUGUACAUUUAUAGCUGAUUGCAAAAGCGAAGCUGACACAAUUCUGACGCAAAUGGAAGAAAUCAUAAGAAAAACAUAUUCAAGCCCACCAAUACAUGGGUCUAGAAUAGUUGUAGAAAUUCUGGCAGAUGAAAAUCUCAAAUAUAUGUGGUUUCAGGAAGUCAAAAUGAUGUCUGAAAGGCUGAAAGCUAUGAGGAAUGCUUUGAAGGAAAAUCUUGAGAAAGCAGGAUCAAAGCACAAUUGGGACCACAUCGUGCAUCAAAUUGGAAUGUUUUGUCUCAGCAAACUGACACCGAAACAAGUAAAGAAGUUAACGGAUGACUACCACAUAUAUCUUCCUGCAGAUGGAAGAACUUCUGUGGCAGGACUAACUACAAAAAACGUGCAGUACGUUGCUAAUGCCAUUCAUGAAGUGACUAAGUGAUGUGCUGUAAUGACUGAAUGACGGAGGUUUCAGACAAAUGUUAGUAUCUCAUAUUUACGCUUACGAUAUAGUCAUGAUGGAUUUUAAAUCUAUUUCGUAUAGACCAAUUAAAGCAUUUUCGAAAAUCUUUAGUAAAUUUAUAUUGUUUUUUUAAUCUUGGAACGCAACAAAUAUAUUUAUAAAUCC